UUUACCAUGCCCGAUGUGAAGAACGAAAGCAUGCACACCGAUGUGGCCAAGUUUAUUAAAUUAGUUAAAAUGUAACGUUAUCUUGUUGUGUUUGUGUUAACGUUUGAAUAUGUCUUUAAGGAAGGUGCAGGCUUCAAAUCAAAAAUUGAACCAUUUGAUCUACCAGUAUUUAAAAGAGAAUGGCUUCCAGAAAGCUGCAGAAGAACUCAAGAAGCAUGUGAAGAAGGGUGGAGAACCAGAAGCCUUGUCAACAUCACUACUGGAGAUCUACAAUAAAUGGUUCGGAGAUACUUCCAAGACCACAGAAAAGGGAACAGAACCGGAUUCUUCCAAGUUAAAAAAGAACUGUCAAGCAGACCCUGAAAGCAGCACAGAGAGCUCAAGUUCAGCAGAGGAAGAAACAAAACCUGUGAAAGGCUCCCAGACCCCAAAGCAUCAGAGCCCAGCUACUGCCAGACCAGCUAAGGGCAGGGCUGCAGUGCAGAGCACCUCUGGGGGAAAGGCCACAGUGGGGGAGAGCUCUGGGUCUGACAGCUCAGAGGUCUCUGAAGACUCAGAGAGUAAGGAGACACCACCACAGAAAAUCCCUGUGACACCCAAUGCCAAUCAUGUUCCAGCUGCAAAGGUCAAGGCCAGGUCAGCGGUCACACCAUUGACCCUGAACAAGAAACCAGCAGAGAGCUCAGACAGUGACAGCAGCUCAGGGAGUGAAGAUGAGAGCCAGAGUCUGCUUCCACAGACAACAGCUGCCACAACUAAAGCUACACCAGUGAAGCAACCAAAACCAAGUUCAACAGCCAAGACAAAAGCCACUCCUGCUACCCCAGCUAAACCAGUGGUUGCUGCUACGCCAAGCAAGGCACCAUCUACUUCCCCAGCCACACCACAAGGAAAGAAGGUGACCACAAAAGACAAGAAAGCAACAGCAACAAAGAAAGCACAGGCCUCAGCUUCAUCAGCCAAGAGGAAGAGAUGUGAAGAGAAACCAGGGGACAUGCCCGCUAAUGACAAGAGGAAGAAGCCCUCCCCUCCAAAGCCGGAGACUGUCAUGGUCGCCAUGCCUCAGACCCCUCCUGUUCCUCCUCCUACUGGGGGAGACGAGUCUGACUCAGACUCUGACACCGAACUGGAUGUGGAGAAGUGGAAGAAACUGGCACGGGAACUGUCAGACGCUGAUAUUGCCAAAAUAGACACCAUCACUGCACUGAAUGCUCCACCUGCUUCCACCUCACCUGCCUCAGCAGCAAAGAAAACAAGAGCACCGAGGAAGCCCAGGUCUAAAUCUACACUGGAAACACCCCCAAAUCCCAGGGCCAAAUCUGCAACGAAAACACCAAAACCCAAGGCUGACACUGCAGUGAAAAAGGCUGGUCAUGCUAAAAAGUUCAAAGCUACAACUGAAAAAAAAGCCAUGGCUGAGAAGAAUGGGAAGACCAAGACACCACCAGACAGUAAAGACAAGUCUAGUCAAGUGAAGAAGGCAGCACCUCCCUCCCCAUCCCCUGAAUGCCAAGCAGAGGAGAUCAACAGUAAUACAGCUGACCUAAUAGCUGUAGCAGACAAACAGCCACCCUCCAUGCUCUCUACCACAACACUUCAUGGAAAACAGACAGCCAAGAAAGGAAAGAGGAAAAAUGGGAACAUUAAUAAGGCUAAAGCAGAUAAUAAUCUACCAGAACCCAAGAAGAAGAAAAAGGAGAUUGUAGAGGAGAAGACGGAACCAGAGAAGAAGAAAAAGGAGAAGACGACUAAGGAGAAUGGGGCAGAAAAAGAGAAGGAAAGAAAGAAGAAACAGGAGAAGAUGAGCAGGGACAAUGAGACUGAGAAGAAACGGGAGAAGAUGAGCAGGGACAAUGAGACUGAGAAGAAACGGAAGAAGAUGAGCAGGGACAAUGAGACUGAGAAGAAACAGGAGAAGAUGAGCAGGGACAAUGAGACUGAGAAGAAACAGGAGAAGAUGAGCAGGGACAAUGAGACUGAGAAGAAACGGAAGAAGAUGAGCAGGGACAAUGAGACUGAGAAGAAACAGGAGAAGAUGAGCAGGGACAAUGAGACUGAGAAGAAACAGGAGAAAAUGAGCAGGGACAAUGAGACUGAGAAGAAACGGAAGAAGAUGAGCAGGGACAAUGAGACUGAGAAGAAACAGGAGAAGAUGAGCAGUGACAAUGAGACUGAGAAGAAACGGGGAAAAGACAAGAACAAGACUAAAGGGAAUGGCGUUAAAAGUGACCCACUACUUCCAUCCACCACAGGAACGCCUGAUCCUCCAACAGAGAAGAAGAAAAAGAAGAACAAGCUGAAACUCUCAGUGGAGAUUGCAGUGCCUGAGACUCCGGUCACCCCUGUACAGGCAUCCACAAAGACCCCUCCUAGAAAGAAAAAUAAAUCAUCUAAGAGUAAGUCAGGCCUUUAGAGAUGAAGGUCAAAUACAAUGGGGCUGUGUCAAGUGUGGACCUGGACCCAGGAUUCUACCUAAAUGGUAGUUGAGCAAUAAUGGUAAAGACUGUCUGUCCACACAAUGGUCUCCCUAGACCAAAUCAACUGGGCCCAGCUUUUUCAAAAGUUAUCUGGAUUUCGCCUAUCGGGGAGGUUGAAAUGCAUAGAAAUAGAAUUAAUAGAACAGAAGUCCCCAUUCAAGUCAAUGAUUUGUCUGUCCUAUUCAUACUAUUUCUAUGCAUUUAAUUGUAUGCGAUAGGCGAAAUCCAGAUAGAUAACAUUAGAAAAACCGGGCCCUGGGGAUUUGUUAGAUUUUUUUUACAACAUUGUAUACUGUAUUAAAUGAACACUUUUCCUGUUGGUACAUUUUAUUGAAGUUAAAACAUUGAUUUUUAUUAGUUUAUCCCCUCCAAAAUAAUUGUACAGUUUGCUGUUUUGCAUACUAUGUGAUGUGCUGCAGCUAUCUAUGUUACUGUACAUUUUAAUUAUGAUGUUUCCUUGCAUGUUUGUGUGAUAGUGACAAACAGUCAAUGUCAAGUUUACUAUAGCAUUAGCCCAUUCAUAGCCGCUAACUACCUUUAGGGCCUAUUGAUGAUAGUAACUUCUGACCGGGGGAGUUUUGUUAAGAGCCCCGACACUCUUUCUGAAUGUGAACAUGCAUUGCUUGCGGUACGAAUUUUGAAACAUAAGGAACAUACACUACCGUUUAAAAGUUUGGGGUCACUUAGAAAUGUCCUUGUUUUUGAAAGAGAAGCACAUUUUUUGUCCAUUAAAAUAAUUUCAAAUUGAUCAGAAAUACAGUGUAGACAUUGUUAAUGUUGUAAAUGACUAUUUUAGCUGGAAACGGCAGAUUUUUUAUGGAAUAUCUACAUAGACGUACAGAGGCCCAUUAUCAGCAACCAUCACUCCUGUGUUCCAAUGGCACGUUGUGUUAGCUAAUUCAAGUUUAUCACUUUAAAAGAGUAAUUGAUCAUUAGAAAACCCUUUUGCAAUUAUGUUAACACAGCUGAAAUCUGUUGUUCUGAUUAAAGAAGCAAUCAAAACUUUCAAAAACAAGGACAUUUCUAAGUGACCCCAAACUUUUGAACAGUAGUGUAUAUAUUCAUAUCAGUGAGAAAAAUAUAUACUUUAUAGGGUUAAGGUUCCCACACAGCCAUUUCUCCAUGUUACUGCGCUUGUUUAUGGAAAACAGACGGAAAACAAAAGCGACUACCUGUGCUAUCUGCGUCUCCGAACACCUGUGUGUAAACGGAAGGCAGACGCCACAAACGUGUUGUCACUGAACAAUACUGUCGGCUGUGUUAAUACUGGUUAAAACAGUGUACAGUUAGUGUGUAUUUUCCAUUUGUGAAAUGAUUUUGAUAUGAAAUGAAAGUAGAGGGAUUUAUGUUUCUAUAACCGUACCCCAAUUGAGAAUCGAUUUCUGUUUAGAUGCUGUUUUGGCUGGCAGAGCCAAUUUUCCCUUUAAACAGAACAUGUAAGGUCCUUGAACUAUAAGGAGUAACGCUAGCCUCCUUUGACCCAUUAUUGCUCAGCAUCUGCUGCUGUAUGCCUUACGUGGUGAAUACAUAUAGCCGAUCCGAAAUGGAGGUACAGAUCAAAUUAACCUCAAAAUACCAAUGAAACCCAGAGCCGUUAUUUUACCCUAACACCCUAGUGAUGAAUGCAUAACCUAAAUGGUAAGCGAAUCAUGAGGUUGAAAAAUAUUUGAAAGAUAUUAGGACUAAGAACAUUUUUCAAAAAGUUUCAUGGUCAGAAAGCAUGUUACUUUUCUACUGUAUUUUUAAUGAAAUUAAAAGUCAUAUUUUUCUACA